AUGGCUAGCCGUAGCGGAGGAGGGGGAGGAAGAGGAGGUAGAGGUGUAGGGUGUGAUGGAGGGGCGGAAACGGGAUUUGAAGAGGUGGUGUUGUUUGAUGAUCGGGGUGGUGGUGAGAUGCACCAUACCAAAGAGUGGUAUUCGCAUGUGGAUCUCGGUAAUCUCAACCGAGGACGAGUGAAAACCGAGUUGCAACCCAAACCCAGACCGGCAGCGACUGGGGAGGAUUGGAUCCUCGACGCAGGUCAUCACAGCCUGGGUCAAGGUUCAGGCCCAAGUCCAAUUCCGGGUCCAGGUCCAGGUCAGGAGAGCCUGAGCCUGCGCCUGAACCAGAGCCUGAAGAACCAGAGUCAGAGCCAAACCCACAGCAGCCCCGGCCCCGGUCAAGACCCUACUAGUCCAGGUGCCUACAACUACAGCAACAAUUCCUACUACCACCGACACCAACAACAAUCCCACCACCAUUUCCAGCAGGAGGAAUAUGAUACAAGACAGCAGCAGCAGCAGCAGCACAACAGGGGCCAGCAGUGGGAUCCAUUCCUUGAUCUUCAUCCUCAUCAGAGUCAGAAUCAGGAUGGUGGACACAGCGUCCGUGUUGUCCAUGUCGGUUUCGAAUCUUUCCAGAACAUGGACAAUUUGACUGUCCAGCACCAGCAGGAGCAAUACCAGCAGCAACCAGCAGCAGCACCACCACAGCAGAGGCCGUUGUACACUGGACAGAGGCUGCGACAGGCCUCACUGGCUUCUGACUGGCGAUUUCCCUCUCCUGCAGCCGUAUCAAUGCAUUCAUCGCAACAGGCACAGUCGCAGUUCCCACCACAAUCGCCUCAUUCUCCUCAAUCACCUGGUGGUGGUGGCGGGUUUUACCGCCCCUACAGCCCCUCCCCUACAGGCGCAACCAGCAACCCCAACAGUCGACAGCAGCCAGUAUCACAACAACACCAACCGCGACCACCGCCACGACAAACGUCACUACCUGCAACGUCUUCGGGCUCUCCUCCCUCAUCUCCCUCGAAACGGCGCGGCCGGGACGCUCAACUUCGACAAAAUACGGACCCGCUCGUUUAUCAUCGUUUUAUUUCGUCGGACCCGGUCCACAACACACGGACGCUCUCGCAACAGACACAUCACACACAAACACGUUCGCCAGCCCAUCGACGGCCUGACUUCUCGUCCUUAUCCUCGACAUAUCUUGGCGAAUCUCAACUGCUCGUUUCUUCGCCCGCACAAGAGGACUUCCCGACUUCCUACCAACGCCAACGUCAGCAGCAGCAGCAGCAGCAGCAGCAGCAGCAGCCGCAGCAGCAGCCGCAGCAGGUGCACCGCGAUCUCCAUCUCGACCCCAAUAACGAGGCCUUUGCUACCGUCGAUCAUCCCAUUCGCACUAGCAGCACCAGCAGCCACAACAGCAGCCACAACAGCAGCGGCGGCAGCAACGGUCACCACCACGAUCGACAAUUCCUACCCAUCACACCUGUGUCCCCGACCGGCACAGGCCCUCCGCGCUGGGACUCGCUGGCCCCUCGAAGCGAGCCCGGGAUCUAUGUACGACCAGCAACCAGCGACCUUGCGACACCAACCACGGCAGAUGCGCUCCUGACGCCCACCUCCUCCCACUUCCCGCCAUCCCCCCUCCGGUCGCCCAGGUCGCCUACCUUUCCGGGAGGCCCAUAUUCGUCGACGCACCACCCCUUCAUACCCGAGGACAGCACUCUGGAGAUUGACUACGAGUCUCUGCACGCGCCCCCUCGAUAUGAGCAUGCUGGCCCUGUUACGGUGACGACGUCUGGCCCAGUCGACAGGAUGCAUCGGCCAGACAGCCGGCAGUCUGGCGACACUGCCUACAGCGCGCAGAGCGCUGACAAUUUUAAUUUCUCUCGGCCGCGCAAGUCCAGCAUGCGAAGUCUAAAUAGGCCAGACUUUUCCGCCACGCAUCUUCGACCCGGUACCGCCCUGUCAACCGCGUCGGACUCGCUUCGAUUGGAGCCCCGGACGUUGGCCGCCACCACCACUGCUCCUACCGCAUACGCCUCCACCCCUAACCUUCGCCAACAGGCUGCAUCAUUCCAGCCCUAUAGCCCCCUGCGGCCAGGGCGCCGCCGCCCAUCGGCUUCCUCCAACAUGUCCUCGAGCACGUUCACCUCCAUCACGCCAAGCCUGCACCACCAGGCAUCCGAAGACCGCCUGGGUGCUGCCGCAGGUCGUAAUGUGUCUCAGAAUGCGGCCACAGGCCAAAUUAUGGGCCCUCCCCACAUGGCUCACCCGCAGGCUCCACCGCGGUAUUACAAUCGAGGAGGCGCCCCUGCCCCCAACCAGCAAUCUCAUUUAUACGAGGGCGAGAUGCGGUCCAGCAUCCGCAGUCAUCUAACUACGUCAACAGCCCAGGAAACCCUGUUCACCGAGCCUGAGCGUUCCAGUGUUAUGACCAAGACAAGUUCCGUGCUCAGUUCCAGUUUCAGGAACACCAGACAGUCCUCUUUCUUCGGACCCCACAACCCCAGCCUCGAAGUGCGAGACAGCCUGAGUGUCGACGAUGUGAUGGGUAUGUAUGAGAACGGCUUCAACGACAGCGACUUCGAUCUUGCUCGGAGGAUGUCUGGUAUAGAAAUUACCGAACGCCCCGAGGUGCCCUCGCUGCGCCUGAACCCUCGUGACCUGGAUGACCACCAGCAGCACGACGCUUCGAGACCUGGCUCCUCCAUGUCUCACAACAGUGAAGCCGCCAGCCGCCUGCUGGAGGCCAUGAGCCAGACAAGUCCCAUGCCCAUCCCAGGCCGGAGCUUUCCCCUCAAUGGUGAGGGCACCAAGGUCCUCCGAGAUACCAAUGCCUUCUUUCGCAAGAGCCUCGCCUCAUCACUCCCGAAAGACAUGAGGCUGAGUUUCAUCUCGACAAGGUCCAGACUGUUCGACGAGGAGGAGGAGGAUGACGACGACGACCACAACAACAACAACAACAACAACAACAACAACAACAACAACAACAACAACAUCAACGAAAAAGACAACGACGACGACAAUGAUGCUGCCGAGGGCGAUGGGAAUGCUGAGACGGACAGCGCGCGGCACAGCAGGCAUGACUCUGGCAAGAUGGUCGAGGCACGCAGCGAGAACAGCUCUCCUGUCGAGGUGUUGUCGGAAAAACAGGACGAGUUCAUUUUGACGGCAGAAAUCAAAGACCUGCCCAGCCAGGGGAGACUAUCACCGCAGCCUCCCGUGACAGGAAAGGUACCAUCGCAACCAGCAGCAGCCCCUCCACAGCUCAUACAGGGAGCAGCGCAGCCCGAAGACCUCGACCCCGACGCAAAUGACCGGUAUGGGUUCCGAAAAUCCAAUCAGUACAUCACGCGAGACCAGUACGAUGAGUGGAACGGUCCAUACUCUGAGUACCUCGCACGGAGGAGGAAGAAGUGGGAGUCAUUCCUGAAGGAGAACGGACUGAUGACGGACCGGCCCGAGCGAUUUCCCCAACAUUCGGCCAAGGCGAAGAGAUUCGUACGGAAGGGCAUACCGCCCGACUGGAGGGGCGCCGCAUGGUUCUACUAUGCUGGUGGUCCCAAAAUCCUUGCUCACAAUCGAGGUGUCUACGACGAAAUGGUGAAGCGGUCCUUAAACGGGCAGUUGAAAGAGGUGUGCAGGGAAGACAUCGAGAGGGAUCUGUAUCGGACAUUCCCAGACAAUGUUCGCUUCAGACGUGCCGCCACAGCACCACCGCCAGGACAAGACCCGUCCGACCCGACGCCUGGCCAUAGCCGCAACAAUUCGACCCAAUCCGCGAACCCGCCGCCUAGGGCACCAGGCUCCGAGCCCAAGAUUAUCGAUCAGUUGCGGCGAGUUCUCUCUGCCUUUGCCAUCUUCAACCCGAAUAUUGGCUACUGCCAGUCCCUGAACUUCCUAGGGGGGAUGCUGCUGCUCUUUGUGGAAACUGAGGAGCAGGCCUUUUGGCUGCUGAACAUCAUCACCCGCGUCUACCUUCCAGGGACACACGAGAUGAACCUCGAGGGAUCCAAGGUCGACCUGAGUGUUUUGAUGGCCGAGCUUCAAGAGGUCUUGCCUAACGUAUGGACCAAGAUCUCGGACGAUGGGUCCUCGACCGUCAAGAAAAGAUCCAGGAGACAUCGGCACAACCAGAAGGCCGCGCCGGGAGCAAGCGACUUGCCGCCCGUGACGCUGGCGCUGACGGCCUGGUUCAUGUCAUGCUUCAUCGGCACGCUGCCCAUCGAGACGACACUGCGAGUCUGGGAUGUCUUCUUCUACGAGGGCUCAAAGACGCUAUUCCGUGUGGCGCUGGCCAUCUUCAAGGCGGGAGAAAACGAGAUCAAGGCUAUCAACGACCCUAUGGAGGUGUUUGCCGUAGUGCAGUCCCUGCCGCGCAAGAUGCUCGACGCCAAUGGGCUUAUGGACAUCUGCUUCCGGCGGCGGAACGGCCUGAACCACCUGACGGCCGAGAUGCUCGACGAGCAGCGCGCUGAGCGCAAAGAGAAGCUGCAGAUCGAACGCAAGGAGGCUAUCGCCGCAGCAGCAACCACUCCAGGGAUCCAGACGGCGGCCACGAUGGCGGUCAGGAGGAAGGAGUCUGAUAUGGUAACCAUCGACUCGGCGGAUGGUGUGCGUAGGAAGCACACUUUGUUUACACGUAGCCGCGGACAAAAAGACCGCGGCCUAAUGGAGGUCUAG